AUGCAACCAUACGUCUACUUCUGCCCGCCUCCAGCCAACCCCUGCGCAUCCGCCGCCGCAGAUGCCGCUUCGUGGAACCAGCACUUUUCUCAGAUGCCGCCGCCGCCGCCGCCGCUGGCGCCGCUAGUUCCGCUGGCUCCGAGCUCCCCGCCCCGCGCGGACGUUCUGAAAGAGCAGCAGCCCUUUGCGGGGAAACCCGCGCUUCCUUCCGCAGCAGUCGGCGGAAGUUCCGGUUUCCGCCCGUGGAAGCAGCUCAAGGACCCUCGUGAGACCGCUUCCGCCGAUUCCUCCGCCGUGCAUCCGGGCCCCGCUAGCGCCUCGGCGGAGUCAUGCCACGUCACCAGUCCGUAUCUCACGCCCUUCUCCGCCCAACUUCCGCAAGCCGCUCAAGGUCUGGGUUUGGCGCACCUCCCUGCGCGGCCGUCCCCUCUCCCCAUGUGUGGCGUUCCGCCGGCGAUUGCGCCCGGUAUGGCUGCGCGGAUGAUCUCCGGAGCGGGCCUUGGCGGAACUGGAUGCGCGCAGUUUCCCCCGUUUGGGUGGCCUUUCCCCGGGUAUGGGGAAGUGGCGGCGAGUAUGAGGCCGAGCUCUCUUAUGGCGUUAGAAGGGCAUGCGUUUAUAGGGGAUAAGAGACGGCUGGGAGACGGGAAGGCGGAUGCCGGAGACGAAGAUACCCACGCGCGGAAGCGGCGCAGGCGGAGGGGAUGCGCGGAGCACACAGUAAGCGGAGACGGCGCGGAGGUUGGGGGGGCCCACGGUGCCCAUCACGACAGGGGAAGCGCGGGGGAAUCGGGGGAGGGCGCGGAACGGGGGGCGCAUGGGAAAGGGGAGGCGGGGGAGGAGAAGGAGUGCAGUAACUGCGGCACGCACACGACACCGUUUUGGCGGAAGGACAGGGCGGCCGGAGGGCAACACCUGUGCAACGCGUGUGGGCUGUACCUCGCUAAGAACGACGCCCCGCGGCCCGCUGCACUGUGGAAACGAGAUGCACAUAGAUCUCAUGACACGGCAUCACAUGACUCUCCACUCCGUGAGGCGGCACGUUACAGCGCACCCCACCCUCCCCUGCCACAUCUCGCUCACUCUGCUCCUGUUGCCGCUGCUGCUCCUGCUGCUGCUGCUGCUGCUGCUGCUCCUGCUGCCGGUGCUACUGCUGCUGCUUCUCUGGUGGCCCAUCUACCGGCGGUUGCUCCUCACAGCAGCCAUGUCUCGCCUGCUCUCAACCUCCUGUCAUACCCACACACCACCAACCCACACACCACCAACCCACACACCACCAACCCACACACCACCAACCCACACACCACCAACUCACACACCACCAACCCACACACCACCAACCCACACACCACCAACCCACACACCACCAACCCACACACCACCAACCCACACACCACCAACCCACACACCACCAACCCACACACCACCAACCCACACACCACCAACCCACACACCACCAACCCACACACCACCAACCCACACACCACUAGCCCACACACCACCAACCCACACACCACCAACCCACACACCACCAACCCACACACCACCAACCCACACACCACCAACCCACACACCACCAACCCACACACCACCAACCCACACACCACCAACCCACACACCACCAACCCACACACCACCAACCCACACACCACCAACCCACACACCACCAACUCACACACCACCAACCCACACACCACCAACCCACACACCACCAACCCACACACCACCAACCCACACACCACCAACCCACACACCACCAACCCACACACCACCAACCCACACACCACCAACCCACACACCACCAACCCACACACCACCAACCCACACACCACCAACCCACACACCACCAACCCACACACCACUAGCCCACACACCACCAACCCACACACCACCAACCCACACACCACCAACCCACACACCACCAACCCACACACCACCAACCCACACACCACCAACCCACACACCACCAACCCACACACCACCAACCCACACACCACCAACCCACACACCACCAACCCACACACCACCAACCCACACACCACCAACCCACACACCACCAACCCACACACCACCAACCCACACACCACCAACCCACACACCACCAACCCACACCACCAACCCACACACCACCAACCCACACACCACCAACCCACACACUCACUCAACAGACCCCCCACCACCAUCACUCCUUACCUCUCACUCACCCGCCCUUGGGGUUUCAGCCCCUUUACCUCACACUUACCUGCCCUUGAAGCUUCACCCAAUUCCCUCACACUCACUCACCCUUUCAACUUCAGACACCUUCCCUCUCACUCACCCACUCUUGGGGUUUCCACCCCCUUCCCUUCCACUCACACGCCCAAGCGGUUCCCUCUUACUCACCCACCUGUGGGGUUCAGGCCCCCAACUCCCCUCUCACUUGCUCUCACCCACCCAAGGGGACUCAGCCCCUUUCACCCACUCGCGCAUCAUGCAAGGGUGGCAUCAGUGCAACUCAUCAUGUGCCACCAACAACAGGUGGCAUCAGUGCAACUCAUCAUGUGCCACCAACAACAGGUGGCAUCAGUGCAACUCAUCAUGUGCCACCAACAACAGGUGGUAUCAGUGCGACUCAUCAUGUGCCACCAACAACAGGUGGCACCAGUGCAACUCAUCAUGUGCCACCAACAACAGGUGGCAUCAGUGCAACUCAUCAUGUGCAACCAACAACAGGUGGCAUCAGUGCAACUCAUCAUGUGCCACCAACAACAGGUGGCAUCAGUGCAACUCAUCAUGUGCCACCAACAACAGGUGGCAUCAGUGCGCCUCAUCAUGUGCCACCAACAACAGGUGGCAUCAGUGCGCCUCAUCAUGUGCCACCAACAACAGGUGGCAUCAGCGCAACUCAUCAUCCGUGCAGAGCGCCAUGAUGCUGAGGCCGGGAGGAGGAGGAGACACCAGGGGAGAGGGGUCAAAACCAAGGAGGAGGAGGAGACACCAGGGGAGAGGAGUGAAAACCAAGGAGGAGGAGGAGACACCAGGGGAGAGGAGCGAAAACCAAGGAGGAGGAGGAGACACCAGGGGAGAGGAGCGAAAACCAAGGAGGAGGAGGAGACACCAGGGGAGAGGAGCGAAAACCAAGGAGGAGGAGGAGACACCAGGGGAGAGGAGCGAAAACCAAGGAGGAGGAGGAGACACCAGGGGAGAGGAGCGAAAACCAAGGAGGAGGAGGAGACACCAGGGGAGAGGAGCGAAAACCAAGGAGGAGGAGGAGACACCAGGGGAGAGGAGCGAAAACCAAGGAGGAGGAGGAGACACCAGGGGAGAGGAGCGAAAACCAAGGAGGAGGAGGAGACACCAGGGGAGAGGAGCGAAAACCAAGGAGGAGGAGGAGACACCAGGGGAGAGGAGCGAAAACCAAGGAGGAGGAGACACCAGGGGAGAGGAGCGAAAACCAAGGAGGAGGAGGAGACACCAGGGGAGAGGAGCGAAAACCAAGGAGGAGGAGGAGACACCAGGGGAGAGGAGCGAAAACCAAGGAGGAGGAGGAGACACCAGGGGAGAGGAGCGAAAACCAAGGAGGAGGAGGAGACACCAGGGGAGAGGAGCGAAAACCAAGGAGGAGGAGGAGACACCAGGGGAGAGGAGCGAAAACCAAGGAGGAGGAGGAGACACCAGGGGAGAGGAGCGAAAACCAAGGAGGAGGAGGAGACACCAGGGGAGAGGAGCGAAAACCAAGGAGGAGGAGGAGACAAGACAAAUGAAGGAGGAGAUGCACCAACGUGGAAAACAAUUGAACGAAUCACAUGA